AUAAAAAAAAUAUAUUAAUCAAAUUGUGAAAAAAUUUAGAAUAAAAGCACUAAAAAUGAGGACGAAUAAUAAUAAUGUGAUCAAAAAUAAAAUUUAUUUUUUAAGUUUAUUUAUAUGUUUUAUUUUAUUUGGAUUAUUACAUGCACAUUAUGAUGAAUAUAAUGAUAAUAUAGCACAUCCACGUUUAAGAUUAAUGUUAAAACAAAAUGAUAGAAUAAGAAACACACGUGCUAUGCCAAUGAUUAGCUUUGAACCUCCACCAGCUGAAGAAAGUGGUGAUUAUUGGAAUGAAGUCGGUCAAAAUACAUUGGCAGAACAAUUGAAAAAAAAUCAAUUAAAUUUAAAUAAAGCUAAAAAUAUAAUAUUAUUUUUGGGUGAUGGUUUAUCAUUACCAACAAUAACAGCUGGUCGUAUUUAUAUGGGUGGUGAAGAAAGUCAAUUUUAUUUUGAAAAAUUUCCAUACGUUGGAUUAUCAAAGACAUAUUGUGCUAAUACCCAAGUAGCUGAUUCAGCUUGUACAGCAACUGCAUAUUUAAGUGGUGUUAAAGGAAAUUAUGCCACUGUUGGUGUAUCAGCUGCAGUUGAUGUUAAUGAUUGUAAAGCACAAAAUAAUACAGCAUAUCAUGCACCUUCAAUAGCUCAAUGGGCUCAAGAGAAAGGAAUGGCGACAGGACUUGUUACAACAACAUCAGUUACACAUGCAUCACCAUCUGGUAUUUAUGCACAUAUAGCAAAUCGGUUUUGGGAAAGUGAUGAUGAUAUUUAUAUUGAUGGUGGUGAUCCAUUAUUAUGUCGUGAUAUUGCACAUCAGUUAAUUUAUGAUACAGUUGGACAUAAUUUACGUGUUGUUAUGGGAGGUGGACGUGAACAAUUUUUACCUAAAACACAAAAAGAUAUAACAGGUAACAGUGGUAAACGUAGAGACAAUAUUAACUUGAUUGAUGAAUGGAAACAAAGGCAUUCAAAAUUCAAUGCUAAAUAUGUUGAAACAAAGGAUGAAUUAUUUAAGUUAUCAAAUGACACCGAAUUUGUUAUGGGAUUAUUUGACACCGGUAAUAUGCCAUUUCAUUUGGAUGCUGAUAAUGAAACAAUACCAACAUUAGCUGAAAUGGUUGAUAAAGCAUUAAAUGUACUCGAACAUUCAAAUAAUAAAGAAAAAGGAUAUUUUUUAUUUGUUGAAGGUGGCCGUAUUGAUCAUGCACAUCAUAAUACUGAAGCAAUUAUUGCAAUUGAUGAAACAAUUGAAUUUGAUAAAGCUAUUAAAUUGGCUAGAGAACGUACAAAUGUUGAUGAUACAUUAAUUGUUGUUACAUCAGAUCAUUCACAUACAAUGUCAAUAUCGGGUUAUUCAAGUAGAAAAAAUGAUAUUUUUGGUAUAAAUAAUGGUCAAAUGGCUGAUGAUGAAUUACCAUAUGCAACAUUAAGUUAUGCAAAUGGACCAGGUUUUGAAAAGAAUAUUUUAGAGAAAUUGGGUAAACGUCGAAAUUUACGUGAAAUAAAUAUGCAUGAUAAGAAUUAUAAAUUUCCAACUAUGGUACCAUUGGAUUCUGAAACACAUGGUGGUGAUGAUGUUCCCGUUUAUGCAAGCGGACCAUUUGCACAUAUAUUCACCGGUUCUUAUGAACAAAACUAUAUUCCACAUGGUAUGGCAUAUGCUUCUUGUAUUGGUCAUAAGAAAACUUUAUGUUCAUCAUGAAUUCCAAAGUUGGAUUCAAUAUUUCAUUCAAUAAUGUGGCAAAUUAUUUUGUAAUCUUUUAAUAAUUUAAUUGAAAUAUUAUUUUUUUUGUGAAACAAAGAAAAUCGAUUAAUUAUAGAUUUUGUGUAAUAGAGAGAGAGAGCGUUUAGUAUUUAUAUAUGAAAUGAAAAUAUGAGAAUAAUUUUUUUUUUCACCCAAAGAAAUUAAUUUUGUAUGAAUGUUAUUUUUAAUGUGUAUUAUAAACAGUAAAAAAUUAAAGAUAAUUGUAUAGAAAAGUAU